ACUACAAUGCGCUUCCUAUUCGCUUUUGGCUUCGGAGUGCUCCUGUGCCUGCUCCUGGCUCAGGAGGGCAGUGGGCAGUCGAGCUCAUCCUCCACCUCCUCCUCGGCCACCACCACGACCACCGCCUCCUCGGCCACCACCACCACCACUGCCUCCUCGGCCACCACCACGACCACCGCCGCCUCGACCACCACCACGACCACCGCCUCCUCGUCCUCUUCCUCGGCGGCUGCCAGGAGACGCAGGCGUCUCCGCCGCCGCCGCCGCCUGCUUCGCGAGCGCCGUCGUCGGGAGCGCAGGCAGCGCCAGGAGAAGAGGAGGCGCCGGAUGCAGAAGCUGAUCGCUAGGCAGCGGCGCCUGAUCAACCAACUUCAGGGAUAAUUGGGGACCGCUCAAGGAUUUUUUGGCGGACAACCGUUCUAUAGAAAUACAAACACUGCAUUAGCCAAUCA